AUGGAAAUGAGGUGGUGGCUGCGCUCGUGUAACGAGCUGCCUACGUACCCUGUUUUAGGGAUCAAGCCUGGACGAAAUUCGCCUUGUGAUCAAGAAUCGUCCUCUUUUUAUAGCUCCGAAGUAGAUCGCAACCUCCUCCGCGUAUCUCGUCCACGUGCAACUACCGAUCCCGCUAUUUCCGGAUCUGAACAGUCGAAGCGAGAUUCUCGUUUGACUCGUUCAAACUCAGCUUGCGGACUUGACUCCGUCGAGCUAGAGCUCGACUUCGUCUUCACAAGUAGCUCGGACAGUAAACAGCUGGAUUUGGACAAGGAUACUUGGUGGGCUCGAGGUCAUUUUACUGGGCCUGAGUGGACUUAUCUUGAUCUUAGGACUUAG